UCUGCUCUCCAACAGUGCCACACACAUCCGCGUACUGCAGAAGAGAGAACUGGACACAAUCACCACCCGGGAAUAUGUCAGCUUUCUCAAGCACCGAGGGACGCUUACACCGCCGGCACAGCGCAGUCGAUUCACAUCCACUGCCUCUGCUUUAGCUCAGCAGACACACAUCGCCCCGUUUACCACUUAUGCUCUGUUGAAAUCUUCUCUGCUGCUGCUGGUCCAUCCCCGUCCCCUCCUCCCCUCUCUUCCUCCUCCUCUCUCCCGUCCCGUCGCCAGGAUGGACAAGACGCUCUGCAGUCCGUAUCCCGUGACCAACAAAACCAACUCUUCCUCGUCGGACCGCGGAAACUCAUCAUCGACGAGGAAGCCCGGAAGGAGCGGGUCGCACAGCCCCGGAUCCGGCUCCCUGGACAACCCGGCUGGAGUAGGAGGCAACCUGGGAGCUGUGCUGGGGAACAGCAUGAAUCUGCAGCAGCCGCGGAGGAGGCAGCUGGAAGGAGUGCUGAGCAAAUACACCAACCUGAUCCAAGGCUGGCAGAACAGGUACUUUGUGUUGGAUCCAGAGUUGGGACAGCUGCAGUACUUUGUCAACGAGCAGGGGAAGAGCCAGAAGCCCCGUGGGUCCCUGCCUUUGAUUGGUGCCUCAGUAACCCCGAGCGACGAGGCUCCGCACAUGUUCAUUGUAAACUCUGUCAAUGGAGAGCUGUACAAACUCAAAGCCCCCGAUGCCAAGAUGCAGCAGUUUUGGAUCAAUCAGCUUCAAGCGUGUGCCAGACGUCACUCUGACAGUAGUGCCAAGGUGAGGAAGCUCAAGGGCUCAGAUGAACACUUGAGUGUGGAAAGAGCAGGAGGAGGCCAGGAGGUGCUAGGCUCCUCAACCUCUGGUCGGACCCGUAGCUUCUCCCUCCUCCCCCACCUAACCCCAUCUUCAUCUCCGGGUUCUCAGAGGCACCUGAGCAACGCGGCCUCAUCCAGCAACAUCGUCACCAUCACCCACCACAAAUCUCCGGCUGCAGCUCGGCGUGCCAUGAAUAUGUACCCGGGACGGCUGCUGGAGGUCAAAGAGGUGAUGUCCCAAGCAGAGGGCCAACAGAAGAACCUGGUGCAGUCCAUUGACUCUCUACCCACCAGAGGAUCUCUCUCCUGUCUGGACCAGGACCUGCUUCUGCUCAAAGCCACGUCGGCCGCCACACUCAGCUGCUUGGGAGAGUGCCUGAACAUCCUCCAACAGACCCAGAGCCACAGCCAGGCACCACCUCAGUCCCACUCUUCCCAGUGCUACUACGCCGCCCAUGGACCCCCCUCCGAUGGUGCUCCUGUGUGGACUGUACCAAAGUCGCCCUCAGUGGAGCAGUUGAAGAACGGAGGUCUGACUCCUCUGCGAUCAACCGAGCCCUCUCCGGCCCUCAGGAAAAGGAGUCUGUCCCAUGGUGCUGAGCACCACCACGGGCUGGAAGAUAUCAGCCCCACUGAAGAGGUGACAGACACGGAGGAUAACGAAGAGGAGGACCUGGGUGUCCUGGAUGACCAGCGGAGCAUCAUUCUCCACCUGCUCUCCCAGCUCAAACUGGGCAUGGAUCUCACACGGGUGGUGUUGCCUACUUUCAUUUUGGAAAAGCGAUCACUACUGGAGAUGUACGCCAACUUCAUGGCCCACCCUGACAUGUUCCUGUCAAUCACAGCUGGGGUCUCAGCCGAGGACCGAAUAGUCCGUUUUGUCGAGUACUACUUGACUGCUUUCCAUGAAGGGCGGAAAGGCGCCGUUGCCAAGAAGCCCUACAACCCUGUGCUGGGGGAGACCUUCCACUGUUCCUGGGAAGUGCCUCGGGACAAAGUCAAACCUUUGGUCAGAUCAAACCAGGGAUCCCUUUGGGAGCCGAGCAGGGGCCCCAACAACACGCUGCAGGCCGAGGAUUCAUCAGGAGGCUGCUACAGAGUGCGAUUUGUGGCCGAGCAGGUGUCCCAUCAUCCACCAGUUUCUGGGUUUUACUGUGAGUGCCGGGAGAAGAGUAUGUGCGUCAACGCCCAUGUAUGGACCAAGAGCAAGUUCAUGGGAAUGUCUAUAGGAGUGUCCAUGGUGGGAGAGGGGGUCCUCAGUCUGCUGGAGCACGACGAGGAGUAUGUCUUCACGUUGCCCUGUGCCUACGCCCGCUCCAUCCUUACCGUGCCCUGGGUGGAGCUGGGGGGCAAAGUCUCCAUCAACUGUGUCAAGAGCGGCUACUCUGCCACUGUUACCUUUCACACCAAGCCUUUCUAUGGAGGGAAGGUACACAGAGUGACGGCAGAGGUCAAACACAACCCGACCAACACCAUUGUGUGCAAAGCCCAGGGCGAGUGGAACGGCACGCUGGAGUUCACCUACAGCAGUGGGGAAACCAAAGUGAUCGACACGGCUAAACUUCCAGUCACAAGGAAGAAGCUGCGGCCUGUGGAGAAACAGGGGAGAACAGAAUCCAGGAGGUUAUGGCAACACGUCACCAAGUCGCUAAAGGAAGGGAACAUCGAUGAGGCCACAGAACACAAACACCGGCUGGAAGAGCGACAGAGAGGGGAAGAAAGGAAGAGAACAGCUGAUAACAAACCCUGGACACCCAAAUACUUUACUAAAGAGGGAGACGGUUGGAUUUACAACAGCCCACUGUGGAAGCCGACCUGACAGCAGAUUAGUACUCUUCUGGACAAUAACGGAGAUCCUUCCUCUCCACACUGAGGUCAGAAGACAGGAAGUCAUGCGAAGGAAGCAGAGUCCUCCAGACCUGAGCUAUAGACUCACAGAGUGACACUAUGGAGACAGACAGGAAACAAGCAAGGUGCCAAAGCGACCUCCACUGUCAUAACCAACAUGGUGGCUGGAGCUCUUGGGAUAAAAGUAAAUUUUUUUAUAUACAGUUAAUAGUAUUACUAUUCAAAGUAGAGUAUUUCUAUUUUUCACAUUGCCAAGGCCUUUUUGCACACACACAGUAAUGAAGUUUGCCACUGGUGUUCUAAUUUGCAUUUGCUUAAUGUUUUCUCAGACAUUGUUUGGUUUCAAGCUUUUAAUUUGUAAUGCAGCGUUAGAAUGAAUCAAUACAAGUUCCCUGUAACACAUAAUACUGUAGCUGUAAAUGAGUUUAUAUAAGGCACUUUUAACCUAAAAAUAAACGUAAUAUUUUAUAUAAAUGGCUUUUACCAAUCAUGGUGGUCCCCAAGAGCUUUACGGGAAAUAAGAGCACGUAACCGGGUUUAAAAUCAUAUAAGUAAACAGUUAAAACAAAUGCAUUACAUUAGAUUAUGCGUUAGUAUAUAUUAUUAUUCGGAACAUUAGAGUGAGCUACUAGAAAGUAAAGGUUGUGAUUGUUUUGUCUGCACUAUGAAUGUAUCUGGUCACAUUUUGCUACUUUUCCAUUUUGUACUGUAACACAUGCUUUUUGUGCUAUUUACACGUCACCCCAUUUAAAUGAUUUCACCCAUUGAGUGAGACGGCACUGCAUAACAGACACUUUCCAUUACUACCUCUCUUAUUGAGAUAUUCCAGCCAUUAGUCCCUUCUUCCUAAAGAAAGAAAACACUGGUUUGUUUGUGAUAAAAAAUCUGGGUCCUCAAAUCUUUUUGUUGCAUCUGUGCCCCUAAAAUGGCACUUGUGUAAUUAGGCAGCUCAUGCCUCCCGAAGUUAAUACUUCUUCUUAGGUUGCCCGUGGUGAUGAAUAUGAAUGAGGCUGCUUGCAGAAACACACAACCAUGUUCCCACAUCUGCAGUUCACUGGAAGGUUGCUUUUGUGAAGAUGAGGAUAAUCUAGCAGAAUAACAAUCACUGGGAACUGGCAGCCUAUAACAGAAAUGUAUUGGGUCAUACUACAGUGUUACUUUGUGGUCAAUUUUAACUCAAUGGUUUUUCUAAAUAAGGUAAAGCAGAAAUGAAAUAAGAACAAUUAACAGUAUAUCCACUCCAUGGUAUUCAGACUAUUUUUUUUUUUUUUUACAUAAACCUUUCACUGCUUGCUCUGUUAACUUUUCAAAUAGUACAUUAAAGCCAGAUGAAUUUACCAGAUGCCUAUUUGUAGCUUAUGUCAUGACAGUACAUGACAUUUUGAGGACAGUAUAGAGAACAAACCUGCAACCAUUUAGAAAUACUGUUGACACUUGCCUUACGUGAAAAUUAUAUAUUUUUUUUUUAUAUCCAAAAGGAUCCAGAUUCACUGAUGUAGAGAGUGAUUGUGGAUAAAGGAGGGAUUGUCCAUGAAUAAAGACAUUCUACCUUUUUUAA